UAUAUGACGAUAUUGUUGAAAUUAGCAGGUAGCUUGAAGUAUAUAUGAGUAAUGGAUCUCUCCGAGUUUGGAAUAUCAGUCUCAUCUCAAUCCAUCUCCUUCUUUUCAUUCCCAUUCUUUCCUAAUCCUUCUCAUUGUGACUUCUUUCCACAUACGUCUAAUCCAAUCCAUUCCUACCUGCAUAACCCACCACAAGCAAUGUAUUCACCCAUCUCCCUUCUAACACUCCUCCCACUUCUCCCCUUCACCCUCGCCAUCCCAGCUGCUCUCCCCAUCCCCAUCCCCUCACCCGAAGUCUCCACCAUCAACGCCAUGAACUCCAGUACAACCUGCACCGACAUCCACAUCAUAACCGCCCGCGCAUCCACCGAAGCCCCCGGCGAAGGAAUAAUCGGUACCCUUGCCUCCGCCAUCGAACUCGGCACAAAGCAAUCCGUAACCCGAACUUCAGUUUCUUAUCCUGCGCUGCUGGAUCCCUAUCCGUCUAGUGUGGCUAGUGGUGUUGCGGCUAUGAAGACUGAUUUGAUUGCGGCGGUAGAAGCGUGUCCGGAGCAGAAAAUUGUUUUGUUGGGGUAUUCGCAGGGUGGUGGGUUGAGGGGUUUCUUUGUUUCGUGUUUUUUCCUUCUUCUUUUUCGGGGGAGGGUAGAGUUGUAGGAUGAUGGUUUACAGAUUGAUGGUUUUGGUUUUGGUUUGAUAUAGGAUAUAGUACUAAUAUGAUUCGUCUAGCGGAAUGCAUCAGUGAUACCCUCGGCGGAGGCGGAGGUGGACUCCUAGGUACCAAAACCCCAGCAGUCGAUUACGCAAAAUACGGAUCCCACGUCAAGGCAGCCAUUGUGGUAAAUAAAAAACGAAUCCCCAUCUCACCUCUUCCUCCCCCAUCCUCCAUCCCCCUUCCCUCAAUCCCUGAACCUCCCAAAAAUAAAAAUAAACACCGCUGCUAAUAACCACCCCUCAAAUAGAUGGGCGAUCCCCGCUACAUGACCAACCAGCAAUCAUUCCACGUAGGAACCUGUUUUCAAAAUGGACUCUUUCCGCGCUCGAGCGAUCAAUCGUCUUCUUUGGCAAGUUAUUCGUCGAUUCUUAAGUCGUAUUGUGAUUUUGGAGAUCCGUUUUGUUGCUCGGGUGGGGAUAUGCUGGAGCAUUUGACUUAUGUUGUUAAGUAUAAUGAGAUGGCUGUGAGUUUUGUUUUGGGGAUGAUUGGGUAGGGGUUUUUGGGGGUUGAGGGAGGGUGGGGAG